CUGCUGCUAGCAAGCACAGUUGCAAAAGAUUUUUUAAAAAGGGCGAAAAAGAAAGCCAUUUUUCUUUUAUCAUGUUUUAUUCUUAAAAGAAAAAUCACAAUAGAAAAAGAGAGCGUGGCGAUAGGUAGAACGAACGCACAAAAGCAUAAAUAAAGAAUCAAAAUUAUUAAGGACGGGAGAGAGGGAAAUGAAAGAAAAUAAGCGCAACAAGAAAAAAUGAAAUCAUCUAAUUAUUGUUUGCGUAUGCACACAAUUUCUCCUUUAGAUACAGUAGUUUCUGCUGGUGGCUCACGCAAUCCUUCUUGAAUAAAUACAAUUUCUGCUACUUGCUUCAGGAUUGCUGAGCUGUUGGAGAUCUCUUUAAGGGCAACUAGACCUGGGAAAACGACCAAUGGUCCUUUCCUGUUUUAGUACUUUGCAUGUAAUUUUAUCUUUUCCGCAUCUCAUUUUAGUUGUGUCUAUGAUGGGUUAUCUGUACUCAUGAUUCAUGUAAUCUUCAUGGUGUUGGGAUUAAUCCCAAUCAGUCUGAGUUAAAUGGAGAAGAAUCCAAAAAAUAGUCCAAUGGAGCAAUCAGAUGUACAUAAAAAAGUUCAGUACAAUGCUAGGGAACCUGGAAGAGAGAGAUUCCAGCCUGCAUCUCACCCAAUUUUGCUGGAACCUGCAAGCAGCAGAAAUACUAAUAUGAGACUCCCUGAUCUAAAUGCGCCAGAAGUUAAACCUGUACUUAAUUACUCCAUACAGACAGGUGAAGAGUUUGCUCUUGAAUUUAUGCGAGAUCGAGUUAAUCAUAAGAAACCUCUCAUCCCAAAUUCUCUAGGCAAUCCCAAUCAUGGAACAAGUUUUAUGGAACUUAAAGGCGUUUUAGGAACUAGUCAUAUAGAGUCUGAAAAUGGUUCAGAUAUUUCAAUGCUCCAUUCAGUAGAGAAUGGUCCAAGAAAAGGCGAGAGAACUAAUUUAUCUUUGUACGAAGAAAAGAGCAACUAUGAAUUAGUUCAUUCAGUACCACAAACUUCAGCAGAGUAUGAAAGCCGAGAACUUUUACCCGGAUAUAGCUCCUCAAUAGCCUCUGGUAGCUCGUCUACAAAGAUCAAGGUUUUAUGCAGCUUUGGCGGUACAAUACUACCCCGUCCUAGUGAUGGAAAGCUCAGGUAUGUUGGUGGGGAUACACGUAUUAUACGUAUAUCGAGGGAUAUCUCUUGGCAGGAGCUUAAGCAGAAAACUUUCGCAAUUUGUAAUCAACCUCAUGUAAUAAAAUAUCAGCUUCCUGGAGAGGAUCUUGAUGCCUUGGUUUCUGUUUCAUGUGAUGAAGAUUUACGGAAUAUGAUGGAGGAAUGGAUUGAAGUUGAUGAUAGGGAAGGAUCACAAAAACUUAGAAUGUUUCUAUUCUCCAUGAGCGAUUUGGAGGAUGCUCAGUUUGGCCUGGGCAGCAUGGAGGGUGAUUCCGAGGUUCAAUAUGUAGUUGCUAUUAAUGGCAUGGAUAUGAGAUCCAGAAGAAACUCAAUCCUACAUGGUUUGGGAAGCUCUUCAGGAAAUAAUUUAAAUGAGCUAGAUGGAUUAAACAUUGACAGGGAGACAAGUCGGGCAGCAACAGCCUCUGUUGGGAUCAAUACUUCACCUUUGACUAGCACCUUUCAAUCUGCUCAACCAAUUCUUCAAAAUUCCUCCACUUCACAUGAAUCCCAUCCACAUUUUUAUCAUGGCCAGAUGAUGGACAAUAGGGAAACUCAGCAAUUCCUUGCAGACUGUCGUAAUGAUUCUUCUAAUUACUCCGCUCCCAAAGAAAUUCCUCAGUCAACCUCCCUUCAUAGUCUUACAAAUCAGCAAGGAGGUAUGAAUGCAGGACAGUCACAUAGUAACUUUCAGGUGCAGAAUUCACAGAUGUUAGAAAAGGAGGUUAGGCCAAUACCUGAUGGUUCAGUUCAGCAUGGCAUUGACAUAGGGAAAAGCCAUCCCAUAGAAAGGGUUUCUGCUGUUCCAGUUGAUGAAAUAUCAGUUGCAGUUGCUGCACAAGAAGGAGCUCUCCAUUCUAUGCCCUCAAAAAAUGAGGGAAAGCAACGGGGAUCUGAAAGCAUCUCAUUCUCUGUUGAUGCCAUUGAUCCAGUGCAUGUUCCUAAUUCUUGUGAAGAUGAUCAAUUUUCUACAUCUAGUAGUAUUUUUGGUUUCGACUGUGCAGAUUCUGUUUCUAAUUUGAUAGACUUGAGCUAUGUUGAACCAUCUGCACCUCCACAAAGAGUUUAUUAUUCUGAGAGAAUACCCCGAGAACAAGCAGAGCUGAUGAAUAGGUUAUCGAAAUCUGAUGAUUCACUUGGUUCUCAGUUUCUUAUUCCUCAUUCUCGUCCUGAUAUCGCCGAACAGAAGUCAACUACAGCAUCUGCUGAAAAAUUGAUCCAAAGUAAUCUGCUUCCCCAAACUGAAGAUCCCAGUACAACUGCAGAACCAUUGCUUAUAGACCCUCAACCCAUCAAUGGACUUGCCCAACCCCAGAAGUACAUAGAGCUUGCAGCUCCAGAUGAUGUGAAUGAUAAUGAUUCUGUGAACAGAAAUGCUGUGCUUAAGGCUGAUCAUGAUUGUGCUGCAGGUAACCACAAAAAACCCGUUGAAGAAACAGGUGAAGCUAGAUUUGGAAAUCCAGCUGCACCCCAAACAACCCCUGGUAUGUACCAUAGAGAUCCUGUUUCUGAUCACCCAGGGCAUAAGUUGGGUGAGAUAACAGGUAAGGUUUUUGCUAGUAAUGAAAAUGUUGGAUAUUCUCUCCCAUAUUCUUUGACAGAGAGCUCAACUAAUGAUGUUUCUCAAGAAGUACCCCCUAUUUUUGUUUCAGCAACGAAGCCAGGAGACAUCAGCAUAGAUAUAAAUGACAGAUUCCCUCGUGAUUUUCUUUCCGAAAUAUUCUCCAGAGGGAUACUUACUGAGGAUAGGGCUGGUGUUAAUCCAUUGCACAAAGAUGGAGCUGGCAUGAGUGUGAUCAUGGAAAAUCAUGAGCCUAAGCACUGGUCGUAUUUUCAGAAAUUGGCACAGGAAGAGUUUGUUCAAAAAGAUUUUUCUCUUAUGGACCAGGAUCAUCUUGGUACCCCACCUCUAAUUGCAAAAUUCAAAGAAGGAGAUCAGAAUUCUUAUCAUUUUGCUCGUUUGAAAACAGAGGGAGUUUCAAUGGACCAAAAGUAUUCCCGUCCCAAUUUUGUUGAAGGUACCAAUCAAAAAGUUUUAGCAGGAUUAAGAGCAGCUGACUCCACAAUUCUUUCAGGCUUUGAUCAUUCCCAUGUGAAGGGCAGUGAAAGUAUGCAGUUUGGUGUUGUGAUGGAUAACCUAAAAACUCCUGAGCCACGCGCUGAGGGUGGGAACUUAGAUAACAGGAACAGUGGCCUACCUCCUGUUGGUCUAUCUGUGGUAGAUUUUGACAUUGAUACCUUGCAGAUUAUAAAAAAUGAAGAUCUUGAAGAGCUGAGAGAACUAGGUUCUGGUACUUUCGGAACUGUAUAUCAUGGCAAAUGGAGAGGUUCAGAUGUUGCCAUUAAGAGGCUAAAGAAGAUUUGCUUCACUGGUCGAUCAUCUGAGCAAGAGAGAUUGACCAUAGAGUUUUGGCACGAAGCUGAAAUCCUUUCAAAGCUUCACCAUCCCAAUGUGGUAGCAUUUUAUGGUGUGGUGCAAGAUGGACCUGGGGGAACAUUAGCUACUGUGACAGAGUACAUGGUUGAUGGUUCUCUUAGGCAUGUCUUACUCAAGAAGGAUAGGUAUCUAGAUCGUCGAAAGAGGCUUCUGAUAGCUAUGGAUGCUGCAUUUGGUAUGGAAUAUUUGCACUCAAAGAAUAUCGUGCAUUUUGAUUUGAAAUGUGACAACUUGCUUGUGAACUUGAAAGAUCCCCAAAGACCAAUCUGCAAGGUUGGUGAUUUUGGCCUAUCAAAAAUUAAGCGGAACACUUUGGUUUCUGGAGGUGUACGGGGAACUCUUCCAUGGAUGGCACCAGAACUGCUAAAUGGUGGCAGCAACAAAGUCUCAGAAAAGGUUGACGUUUUCUCCUUUGGAAUUGUGUUAUGGGAGAUUCUCACUGGUGAGGAGCCAUAUGCCAACAUGCACUAUGGUGCAAUCAUAGGUGGAAUUGUAAACAACACCCUGAGACCAGCCAUUCCAAAUUUCUGCGAUCCUGAAUGGAAAAGGUUAAUGGAGCAAUGUUGGGCCCCUAAUCCUGCGGCCAGGCCAGCCUUCACGGAAAUUGCUGGUCGUUUGCGUAUAAUGUCAACAGCAGCUAGCCAAAACAAAGGACAGGGUCACAAGGCAUCAAAGUAAAAGUUUAAGAGCUCCUUUUCCCCUUUCUCCAUGAUAACGAAUUGCUGCAUGAUAAGUGGCUUGAUUUAAUUGCGCACUCCAAAUAUGGAACUGUAUAAUAUUAUCAGUAAACUGUCUCAGAUUCAAACUAGUUGAGGUUGGUUGCGUAUUAUAGCUGAACAGCUAUUUAUUGUGAUAAUAUGUCAUUUUAGUAUACUUGUAUCAUAUUAUAUUAGCUGGAGGGGAAAAUCAGCUUCCGCGAGCAUUUUUAAAAUGGAAGUUGUUCUCGCUGAUUUAUAUGUAAAUUAUUUUUCGUGUAGAAUGUCGACUUAUCACUGGCUAUGACAGUUUAAAAUAGCCUUUGGUGGUUGCUGGUAUUGAGAUACAUUUUCCAACUUAGCAUGUCGGCAUGACUGGCAGAUUUUAUUUGAAUUUCGACUGUAAGACCUUAUGAAGUUCAUGGUUAUAAAGUACAUAAGGAAAGUCUAAUAGACGAGUAGAUUAUUAA